UACGGGCCAGUUACGGAUUUCCCCGCCUCCGAGUUUGCUGAAGCUUCGUUCAUACAGGUGGAGGGAAGGGGUUUUGCUCCGGUGAGCGGCUGAAAAUGGGUACACCAUUGCCGUAUGAGAUGUACUUGAAUAGAAUUUCCUUGUACAUUGAUGGCAUAACUUCGCACGUCAACCGUACCGAUCAAAUCGACCCUGUCUAUUUCUGCAAUCUCUGCUUUUCCCUUGCCAGAUGUAUUGACUUUGCAAUUGCAAACAACUUUGUUCCAUCUAAUGUUCACGGCUUACCCAGUCUCUUGAAACAGAUGUAUCAGAAGAAACAUUCUCAUCGUUUAAAAGCAGCAGUCAUGGUGCUCAUGAUAUCCACCAAGAAUGCUUGCAAGGUGAGAUGGUUUUCAGAAAAGGAGGCAGAGGAACUCUACAGUCUUGCUAAUGAGAUUGGUAGUGAUUUCUUUGGAGAUACUAAUACUGGACCAAAUAAUUCCCUUACCACGAUUACUGCAGUUAUGGAAAGAUUUUUUCCGCACUUGAAGCUCGGCCAGAUUGUUGCGGAUAUGGAAGUUAAGCCUGGUUAUGGAGUGUUUGCUACAGAUUUCAAUAUUUCAAAGACAAUGCAGUUAUCACAGCAGGAGAAAAUACUACUGUUUGUUGCUCAAAAGGAUAAUACUGAGACGUCUGCUUGCAUAAUCAGUCCUCCACAGGUUAACUUUCUUGUCAAUGGGAAGGGAGUCAAUGGAAGGACAAAUAUAUUCAUGGAUACUGGGCCACAGCUUCCAACGAAUGUUACUCAUAUGCUUAAAUUAGGAGCAAAUCUUCUCCAAGCGAUUGGUAACUUCAAUGGUCAUUAUGUUAUAGCAGUUGCCAUUAUGGGUACUGCACCACUGCCUGACUCCUCGGUGCUGCAAGAUUAUGUACAGACGGUUGUGUCUACUGUGGAUCCAGAUUCUGAUAUAAUCGAGGGCCCAUCACGAAUAUCGCUUAAUUGCCCCAUAAGCUAUACCCGAAUCAAGGUUCCUGUGAAAAGUCGUUCUUGUAAACAUCUUCAGGUGAGCAUUUCCUGCCAUGGCAUCUGGAAGUGCUUUGAUUUCUACAACUUUAUUGGCAUAAAUUCAAGAAGACCAUCCUGGCGAUGUCCACAUUGUAAUCAGUACAUUUGCUUUUUGGAUAUUCGUGUUGAUCAAAAUAUGUUGAAGGUCAUUAGAGAAGUGGCUGAGAACGUUACUGAAGUGAUUAUCUCAGCAGAUGGAUCAUGGAAGGCCAUACUUGAUAAUGGGGAUGGUCGGCCAUUGGAUGAUUCUCUUAACCUUCAGAAUGAAAGGGAUCAAGAGUCUACUGUUCCUGUUGUGUUAGAUCUUAUUGAAGUUGAUGAUGAUAUUAACAUCUGCGAUUUGGAGAUUGAAGACGAAAAACCUUGUCUUGGUAACAAAAACUUUGCGGCUGUCUUGGACGAUGACUUUUGGUCUGGAAUAGAUACUGAUAGGAUUUUAACCUCAAGUGCUAGGACAGAUGCUCCAAUUGGUAAUAACCCGCCUGCACCUAAUUUUGCUGGCCAUAUGCAAUCGGCUGUCUUGACUAAUCCUGUUACACCUGUCCUUAACAACCAUGGUGCGGGGGUUCCAGGGCAUGUCAUCUUUUCGUCUCCUGCAUUGUAUGAUCAAAACAAUUUGCAGAGUCAAGCUUUGAAUUCAAAUGAAAACAGUGAGUACGGGAGGACGACAUCAAUAGCGAGACCCCUAAGCAGGAUGCCGACUACAGCUCAAGCCUUUCCUUCUCCGUCCCAAGCAUCAGGUCAGCAGUAUAGUUCAAGAACAACAACCAUUUCCUCAGCUCCUCAAGUCGGACCAAGUAUUCCAACUAACAGAGAUGUUUUAAAUACAAUAUCUCGUGAUUCAGAAAGGAGCCAACAAUUUCCGAGACGUCCUGGAGAUUCACAUCAUGCAACAAACCUAGCUCCCUUUCACCACCCACCAACCUUGCAGAAUCGGGAUCCUCUGGAUCAUUCCUUCACUCCUGGUCAGUCUGUUCAAGCAUCGACUGCUUUAAGGCCAUCCAGGGGGCUAUUAACAGAUUUCCAGAAUCCUCACCUUCAGCAAGCGCUCAAUUUAAGGAUGUCCCAACUCCGGAAUCAGAAUCCAAGCAAUAAUGUCCGGCCAUCACUACCAUUCUUAAGAGCUAUGAGUCAAGUAGGAGGUGGCUAUAGUGGACCUUCUUAUGCGGCUGUAACACCUAAUAGUCAAAAUGCAAGAAUGAUGGUUGCUUCCCAGCGAGCUGAGCUGAUGAGACAAUCUUCAGCUAUGUCAUUACAAAAUCAAACUUUCAGAUCAGCCCAUUCUCUCCAAACAACUCCUGAUGGGCUUAGGAUGCCAGCUGCUGGGGAGCUGAGAAAUGUUGGAGGAAUGUCUCAAUCUGUUACCCCGGCUGCGGGUUUGGUAGAUCCAUCAUCAGAUCUGAACUGGCAGCCCUCAGGUCGAAUGCGUGGCAGUCUUUCUGGUCGAGCCUUUUCUGAUGCCCAUGGCCACUUAAUUAUCCACCCAACUCAAUCUGUACAGUCUGCUCGACCUCCAUCUAACUCGACUCCUACUCAACCCAGUGCUCCCUCAACGCAGGCUCAAGGCUCCAAUGGAUUGGAUACACUGGUUCCAAGGACAAGAUAAUACAUGUUGAAGAAAUUCCUUGCUCUUACAAGUAUUGAGUGUAUGCCCAGGUGUUCUUCCGUUACCUUUGGCUCUUUUGUCACGCGAGUAAAGAUAUACCACGCCCCCAUUUUGUCCAUUGCAUAUCAGUUGUAAAGUCUUUCAUGUAAUUAGCUUCCAUUAUAGUAUAAAACAUAGGUAUAGAUUUUUUCGUGGAGCGUGAAGAUUUGAACUUCACGUGCCAUAUAAUCCAGUAAAGCUAUGCUUAGGUUGCUGUAGUUUUAUCGGUCAUAAAUUACAAUAUGUUACGAGCCUAACAAUUUAAAGUUUGCACGAUUCUUUGGUAAUUCUAUUUGGUUUUCAUACUCG